AUGACUUGCAACCUGCUCGUGGUGUACUCUGCGCAACCUUUGCAACCAAGGUUGACUGAUAGCAAGUUGAGCCGAUGUAAUUUGGAUCGCGACCUCUUUGACAACGUCGGUACGACAGCCUACUUCGACGGGUCCUUGCAAGCCCAACUUGAAUACCACAGAUUGUCUUAUACAUGGAAUGACCUCAAUCUAAUUGAGGAAACAUGGGGGUUAACGAAGCGCUAUGUUGCGGACAUAAACGAUGGAUCCGAUUUUGACGUGGUCAGAUUCUAUCUAUACGAGGGAUUGGACAAGUGCGACGAAGUUAGACGCUCAACACAAAAGGAAGAGCGGUAUAUUAUUCAGGAUCGAGUAUGCCUUGACGAGCGUCCAGCCUCUCCCUUGGAGUUCGAGGUCACUGAUUCAGAGACGGAAGACGAAGAAGACAAAGGACCAGCUGCUGCGGAUGAAGAUGAUUAUUCGCUUCAAGUGGUCAAGGCCCUCUCCACAUCAAUAGGCGACAGUGUCGCCAGCACCACUACCACCGCCAGUCAGCAAGCACUGGAGUCAUCUUCGACAUCCAAGAAUGAUGCCACGGGGGCUCCCAAAGUGAUGUGGAUUAUGGUGUGA